AUGUGGGAAAUCCCUGUUCAAACUGAUGUCACCAUAACGCACAAUAGACCGGAUUUAAUAUAUACAAACAAAGAUAACAACAAAACUUACCUAAUAGAUGUAACUGUACCGUCAGAUUAUAACAUCGGAGCUAAAGAAAUUGAAAAAUUAAGCAAAUACCACCUACUCAAAACUGAAAUCAGCCGUUUGUGGAACACACAAACGGUUGUCAUUCCAAUAGUAAUAGGAGCAACAGGAGUAGUAGCUAAAAGCAUAAAAAAGUACUUAGAACAGCUAGAUUCCAACAUUGACGUUAGCAUUCUUCAGAAACAAGCAGCCAUACAUACAACAAUCAUACUCAGUAAAGUACUUGGAGACACUGUUUUCGUACACAAUAUACAAGACCCACUUUCACAAAAUACACAACUAUCAGUAGAUAGAGACACGCAGCAAUCACCAGACACACAGCAGUUAGCAGACACACCACACUCUCUCAACACAACUCAAGAACCUAGCACAAACAAUUUACAAAGACGAGGAAGAGGUAGAGAAAGGAGAAGAAAUGGCGCGCAACGUGCGCGUAUAGAAUAG